AUGUUGUCGCCUUCACUUCGCAGCGUAGCCCGUGUUGGCUCGUCAAUUGCCCCUCGUGCUUUCAGCACUUCUUCCGCCAGCUAUGUUGCCGAGGUUAAGUCGUUGGGUGUGAUUGGAGCUGGUCAGAUGGGCUUAGGAAUUGCUCUUGUUGCUGCUUCAAAAGCUCAAGUCCCUGUUACUUUGAUUGAUACUUCCCAAGCGUCCUUGGACAAGGGUCUCAAGUUUGCUGACAAACUCCUCGAGAAGGAUGUUUCUAAGGAACGUCUCACUCGGGAUGCUGCCGAUGCCGUUCGUGCGCGUAUCACCCCCAGCUUGAAGAUGGACGACCUUUCGUCCGUGGACUUUGUGAUUGAGGCGGUUCCCGAGAUUCCCGAUCUCAAGACGUCCAUAUUCUCCAAGCUGGCUCAGAUCGCGCCUAAGCAUGCGAUUCUCGCCACCAACACCUCCUCCAUCCCCAUCACCAAGAUCGCUGCUGCGACUACGACGGAUCCCAAAGAUCUACAGGCUGCGUCACGUGUCGUCUCUACACAUUUUAUGAACCCCGUCCCCGUUCAGAAGGGUGUUGAGAUUAUUGCUGGUCUCCAGACCUCGAAGGAGACUCUGGACACUGCUAUUGCUUUCGUGCAGCGCAUGGGAAAGGUCGCUGCCGUCUCUGCUGAUUCUCCUGGUUUUCUCGCUAACCGCAUCCUCAUGCCUUACAUCAACGAGGCUAUCAUCUGCCUGGAAACUGGUGUCGGUGGCCGUGAGGAUAUCGACAGCAUCAUGAAGAAUGGUACUAAUGUCCCCAUGGGACCUUUGACUCUGGCUGACUUCGUCGGCCUGGAUACCUGCCUGGCCAUCAUGAACGUCUUGCACCAGGAAACCGGAGACAGCAAGUACAGACCCUCUGGGCUGCUGAAGAGGAUGGUCGACGCUGGUUGGAUGGGUAAGAAAAGCGGUAAGGGCUUCUACGACUACUAG